AGGGAGCCCAAGAAAAACAAAGUACUGAGAAGCGAAAGAAAGAAAAGACUGGCCUUCGAAGCAAGCAAAACCAACCCAACCCCUCACCUCUUCUAUUUUUAUAUAUCUAUCAUCACCUCUUCAACAAGCCAAUUUAACCCUCCAUCAAUCUUUUCCUUCUUCAAUGGCCGCGGCGCCUUCACCUCCUUGCAUCCACAUUUUCCUCGCUUCUAUUCUUCUUCUCUCAAAUUUUCAUCUGGGGUUCUCUUCCUCCUCCUCUACAUUGCAAGAAAACCAUAGCAAUGGGUCUUAUUCAGGCCAAAUCAACUCAAACUCAGUUCUUGUAGCCCUUCUUGACUCACAUUAUACAGAACUGGCUGAACUUGUUGAAAAGGCACUUCUUUUACAGACCCUUGAAGAUGCUGUUGGUAAACACAACAUCACCAUCUUUGCUCCUAGAAAUGAAGCUCUCGAACGCGAUCUUGAUCCCGAGUUCAAGCGGUUCUUGCUUGAACCUGGCAAUCUCAAGUCUCUCCAGACUCUCCUACUUUAUCACAUUGUCCCCAACAGAAUCAAUCUCAGCCACAACUCUUCUCUUCACCAUCACAGCACUUUGUGCCGCGACAGAAUCAAGCUCGGCAGUCAAUCCGGCGAGAAGUUAAUAGACUCGGCGAAAAUCAUUCAAGUGAAUGCAGUGGAGAGGCCAGAUGGCGUAAUUCAUGGGAUUGAAAGGUUGCUAAUCCCACGAUCUGUUCAACAAGAUUUCAACAAUCGCAGGAGUUUGCAAUCAAUUUCUGCUGUGAAACCAGAAGGAGCACCAGAGGUUGAUCCAAGAACACACAGGUUGAAGAAACCAGCACCACCAGCAAAACCUGGUUCAGCCCCGGUUCUACCAAUCUACGAUGCAAUGGCACCCGGCCCAUCUCUUGCCCCGGCUCCAGCUCCUGGUCCAGGUGGACCUCAUCACCAUUUCAAUGGAGAAAGACAGGUUAAAGAUUUCAUUGAAACCCUUCUCUUGUAUGGAGGAUACAAUGAAAUGGCUGAUAUUCUUGUGAAUUUAACAUCAUUAGCAACAGAAAUGGGAAGAUUGGUAUCUGAAGGUUAUGUGCUAACAGUUUUAGCCCCAAAUGAUGAAGCAAUGGCUAAGCUCACAACAGACCAAUUGAGCGAGCCAGGAGCACCGGAGCAGAUAAUCUAUUACCAUGUGAUACCAGAGUAUCAAACUGAAGAAAGCAUGUACAAUGCUGUUAGAAGAUUUGGGAAGAUUUCUUAUGAUACAUUAAGAUUGCCACACAAAGUUUUGGCACAAGAAGCUGAUGGGUCUGUGAAAUUUGGACAUGCUGAUAAUUCUGCUUAUUUGUUUGAUCCUGAUAUUUACACAGACGGAAGAAUCUCUGUUCAAGGGAUUGAUGGGGUUCUUUUUCCAUUAGAGGAGAAGGAGAAAUCGGAUACAAAGACGGAAAUGAAGAGUGUUAAGGUUGCUGCUAAGCCGCAAAGGAGAGGGAAGUUGCUUGAAGUGGCUUGCAGGAUGCUCGGGACAUUUGGGCAAGAUUCACAUUUCACCACAUGCCAGUAAAUAAAGACUUCCUUGUAUGAAAAGGAAUACUUCAAAGAAGGAUAAAGGUGAGCUGCUGAGAUCAUGCAAAGUCCUUGUAUCUGAAUUUUCUUCUCUACAAAUAGGUUCUAGUUUUUCACAUGGGAAGCCGGCAACCAAAGGUGAAAAGGGAUCAUGGUGUGAUGAUGUUCUUAUUGUUUUUGUGUUACUCAAGUUCCAUGAUUGCAUGGGAAGAAAAGGGUCAUUGUCCUUAGUUUUAGAGGCCCUUUGAACAGCAAAAGAUAUUCUUCUCCUUUUUUAUUUUAAUUUUUUUUGUCCUUUUUGUGUGCCAAGUAUGGUGGUGGUGAGCUGUCUGGUGUUGGUUAGUGGAGAGGGGAAAACUAUGGAGGAGGUGAGGAGUAAGUAUUCCAUGUGGGCUUCCCACUACAAUAAAAGAAGGCAGGCAGAAAUAUGUGGGAAUAAUAAAAUAAAAGUAUUCUUUUGUGUUCAUGCACAAUUAGA